UAUUCCACCUCAAAGGUUCCCAUCACACAAACAACAGGACUUUCAACAAGCUUAGCCUUCAAAGGGCAAGCUUUAGUGCUCCCAACACAGAGAUUGAAGUGAGUUUCGAACUUUUGAAGAUGAAUAAAGAUAAUCCCUAUCACUAUACAAGACAUGUUUAUUGACUAACACUCUUGUAAAGUUUAAUAUACACCUAGCAACUCAAUAUAAUUCCCACUUUGUUUUACUUAAUAAAUAUUGGAGUUCCGUUACAAAUAAGUGAAUUUACAUUAUACAAAUUUGAAAGAGAGGGGGCAAGUGUUGGUGAGACUUGGAAGGAAGAAGAGUGAGCGAGUGAGUGAGUGAAUAUGGCCACAGAAACGUCUGAAGGAGAAGAAGAAGUGAAGAUCACUGGAGGAAAUCAAGUGCUUCUCGUUGACGAUGAUCUCAGAGAAAUGGGUAAGGAGGCUGCUUGGAGUGUCAGUUCUUGCAAGACCGGCAAUGGCGUCUCAUCUCUCCGCGACGACAAUCUCGAUACUUAUUGGCAAUCGGAUGGAGCUCAGCCUCACUUCGUAAACAUUCAAUUUCAGAAGAAAGUAAAGCUUCAACUUGUUGUUAUAUAUGUGGAUUUCAAGCUAGAUGAGAGUUAUACGCCUGGUAAGAUAUGUAUACGAGCUGGAGAUGGGUUUCACAAUUUGAAGGAGAUUAAGACUGUGGAGCUUGAUAAGCCAACUGGUUGGGUUUAUAUAUCAUUGUCUGGGAAUGAAGCAAGGGAAACUUUUGUCAACACUUUCAUGUUGCAAAUUUCUGUGUUGUCUAAUCACCUUAAUGGGAGGGAUACUCAUCUCCGCCAAAUCAAAAUUUACGGGCCUCGACCGAAUCCUAUUCCUCAUCAGCCAUUUCAGUUUACAUCUCGUGAGUUCACCACCUAUUCCAUUAUAAGAUGAUGCAGCAUAUGGAAAAUGGAUUGAGCCAGGAGCAUAAUCUGUGAAGCAUAUAGGAUUUAGAAUACUGCAAGAUUCUAAUACAUUGCCACCGUGUGAAAUUUUUGUUUUGUUUUUCACCUAAUUCAUCUUGAAUGGGUUUUGAUAGAGGUGUGUUACACAAUCAAUGUUUAUAUCUCAGCUAAUAGUUUGACAAGUGAAGGAAGUGUUAUAGGAAUUAAACUUUAUGUUUGCCUAGCUCUCCCAAUGAAUAUUAGUCUACACAAGUGGUUUUCAAAGUCAAGAGAAUGGACUAAAUUUAUGACUA